GUUUUCUUGCACGGAAGACUCUCUGCUUCUCUCCUUUUCCCUCCCCUGGGUGAGACUUUUUUUUUCGAGGUUUCUUACUUAAUCUGCCCGCUUCCCUCGAAGAAGGAUUGAAAUCCGAGGGAUUUCAGGGUAAGCGGGCAGGUGGGUAAGUAUUGGAUUGGCCCAAAAUCAACUUAUUUUGUGUAAUCGUUGGAGGAGAAGGGGAAGAGCUAAAGCUGCUGAAUAUUAUGGGGUUUGUUGUUGAUUCUAAAAAGGGUAGUGGUAGUGGAGGUGCAGGAGGCUCUUCGUGGGGAUUUCGAUGUGUUAUGAGGCGAAAACAAGUUGAUUCGGUACAUGUGAGGUCGGGGGUUCGCCAAUUGGCCAAGGAAUUGACUGUUCUUCAGCUUCUUGCAAUUGGUGUUGGAUCAACCAUUGGCGCUGGAGUGUAUGUUCUUAUUGGAACAGUUGCUAGAGAACAUGCAGGUCCUUCCCUUACCAUUUCCUUCCUAAUAGCUGGGAUAGCAGCAGCUCUUUCAGCAUUUUGCUAUGCGGAACUUGCAAGUCGUUGUCCAUCUGCUGGAAGUGCCUAUCAUUAUUCCUACAUAUGUGUUGGAGAAGGUGUUGCUUGGUUGGUUGGUUGGGCUCUCAUACUAGAGUAUACCAUUGGUGGCUCAGCUGUUGCCCGUGGCAUAUCUCCAAACCUGGCCCUGUUUUUCGGAGGAGAGGAUCAUCUUCCACCUUUUUUGGCCCGUGUAUAUAUUCCUGGGCUUGAUGUAGUGGUUGAUCCAUGUGCUGCAAUACUAGUUCUUCUAGUUACUGGACUCUUAUGUGUGGGGAUCAAGGAGAGUUCAUUUGCUCAAGCCAUUGUUACAACAGCAAAUGUAUGUGUCAUGGUAUUUGUCAUUAUAGUUGGUGGAUACCUUGGCUUCAGGACUGGAUGGCCUGGAUAUGAACUUCCAAGCGGCUAUUUUCCCUUUGGGGUCAAUGGGAUGCUUGCUGGUUCUGCAACAGUCUUCUUUGCAUAUAUUGGGUUUGAUUCAGUUGCCAGCACAGCUGAGGAGGUGAAGAAUCCUCAGCGAGAUUUGCCACUGGGUAUAGGGAUUGCCCUGUCUAUAUGUUGUAUGUUGUAUAUGCUGGUGUCCAUCGUAAUUGUUGGCCUGGUACCGUUCUAUGCUAUGGAUCCAGACACCCCAAUAUCCUCUGCAUUUUCUAGCCAUGGGAUGCAAUGGGCAGUAUACAUAAUUACAGCUGGAGCAAUUACUGCACUUUGCUCAACCUUGAUGGGUUCAAUUCUUCCUCAGCCUCGAAUCCUAAUGGCAAUGGCUAGAGAUGGAUUGCUUCCAGCCUUCUUUUCUGAUGUCCAUAAGCGAACCCAAGUUCCUGUCAAUAGCACAAUUGUUACCGGGGUUUGUGCUGCAAUCCUAGCAUUCUUUAUGGAUGUUUCACAACUUGCAGGGAUGGUCAGUGUGGGCACGCUUCUUGCAUUUACCACUGUUGCAGUUUCUAUUUUGAUACUCAGAUACGUUCCACCAGAUGAAAUGCCACUUCCAUCAUCACUUCAGGAGACAAUUAAUUCAGUAUCAUCACGAUAUGGUACUGGAAGUGAAGUGAUUGACCAGGAAAAUCCAAAAGAUUCUGCAGACAAUUCUAAAGAUAAUACUGAAGCAUCAGCUUCAGAUCCCCUUAUUCUGAAAGAACAUGAUCAAGCUAGGUUAAAUGAAGAAAAGAGGCGAAAGGCUGCUGCAUGGAAUAUUGCAUUUGUUUGUGUAGGGGUUCUGCUUCUUACAUCUGCAGCUUCAGCUGAACAUCUACCAAGUUUACCUCGAUUCAUGGUGUGUGGGUUGGGUGGCGCACUCAUUUUAUGUGGUCUGGUUGUGCUCUCCUGGAUAGAUCAAGAUGAUGCUAGGCAUGCCUUCGGACAUGUAGGAGGUUUCAUUUGCCCCUUUGUACCACUUCUGCCUAUUGCCUGCAUUCUCAUAAACGUUUACUUGUUAAUAAAUCUUGGGGCUUCCACAUGGUUCCGAGUUUCGAUAUGGCUGAUUGCUGGCGUGCUCAUUUACAUAUUUUAUGGACGGACUCAUAGUUCGCUUCAGAAUGCAAUAUACGUUCCCACAACUCAUGCGAAUGAGAUCUACCGUAGCUCGUCUGAGUAUGUGGCAUAGAAGAAAGCAGACUCGCCAUCAUCGUGGCUCUCUUUUAUCCCUUUCUUUUUCCAUAUAAAACAAAUAUUUGGGCCAUCAUUCCAUCCGCAGGGAUUAUUUAUUUAAACCACCUGAUCUCAAGGUGCAUCGUUCUUUCUCCCAUUAAUACUUUGUUGUCAUAUUGUUUAGGACUGAUGAACGGAAAUCAGUUUCUCGUCUGUACAGUAUCUUUCUGGCUGUUGUUGGACACUUGUUCGAUUAUUGUAUGAAAAAAUAUGUAUAGAGUUUAUUGUAUUUCUUGUGAUUGAA